AUGAAGUUCGGCAAGACGCUCCAGCAGCAGAUCUUUGCGCAGAACGGAUUCGAGGGAUGGGCCGCGUACUUUUGCGACUACAAAGGGCUGAAAAAGAUCAUCAACUCGCUCGCGAAAGGCCGACCAGCCGAUGCCGCCCUCCUCGCAGCCGGCGUACGCCCUCCCCGACCCGAAGCAGAGGAGCAGCUCCCCGUCGAGGCGACAUCGACGGAGGCGCAGCUCUUUGCGCACGCGUCGACUGCGAACGGAGUUGUGGGAGGGGAAGGACCGACGACAUUGUUGCAGGCUCACAAGGCGGCGUUCUUCUUCAAGCUUGAGCGCGAGCUUGAAAAGAUCAACGACUUCUACUACCAGCGCGAGUCGGCGCUGAAAGUCCGCCUCCGCACCCUCAUCGACAAGCGCAAGCUCCUUACCUCUUCGCUCUCCGAACCGAACGGCAAAGUCAAAGCCUUGAGUCGCGACAGCAGCAGCUUCCGAGCGCUGUACGAAGGUUUCCGGAACUUUGAGCGCGACCUCGGACGCCUGCAGACCUACAUCGAGCUGAACGCGACUGCGUUCCGCAAGAUCUGUAAGAAGUGGGACAAGGCGUGUAGGAGGCAGGCGGACCGGUUUGGCGAUACGAGGCCGCAGCAAGGUCAGCCGGAUGGACAGCUCUACCUCGCGCGACAAGUCGAAGUCCAGCCCGUCUUCAACCGCGAGUUCAUCGCUCAACUCUCCGACGUCGCCUCGGCCAACCUCCUCUCGCUCGAGAACCUCGUCGGCGGAGAGGCGCAGCGUGGAGGUGCGGCGGCCCUCGCGGAUGGGAGCAGCAUCGACGGCACGGUUCGCUCGGCACCUCACCUCCCGACGCUGUUCGACCGCGCCGACCGCGCAGAGGCGCUCGAGGACCUCGAAACGGCCCUCGUGUCGGCUGUCAAGGCGGGUGACAAGACGGUUGUCGAUGAGGUCCUCGGUCUGCUGUUGCCGAACGAGGGCGACUCGGCGGAGGGAAAGGGACCGGUGUCGAGGAUCCUGUGGCGCGCAGCUUUGGAGGAGCCGGCAGUGCAGGCUGAAGCGGAAGUGACGCCGAACGGAGCGGAGCCCAAAACAGGCGGCGCCUUGAUCGCUCAGGACCUGCUCGACUUCACCUUCGUCGAUGACAUCAACGGCCGAACGGCGCUCCACGAGUCAGCAAGCGCUGGACGGCUCGCGCUUGUCGUCGCAUGCCUCGAGAAGGGUCUCUCGGUCGCACAGGCAGACGUCUACGGCCGACAACCGUUGCAUUACGCGGCGAUGAACGGCCACGCCGGUGUCUGCCGAACACUCCUCGGCGCACAAGCGAGCCCGACGACGGCAGACCUCGACGGCUACUCGCCCAUCAUCUAUUCGAUCACGAACGGCUGGACGUCGGUCGUCGAGACCUUCCUCGCGGCCGGCGUCAGCUUCGAGUCGCCCGCUCCCGGAGGCGCAGACCAGCUCAAUGCGCUCUCGCUCGCGUGCCAGUACGGCCACGAGGCAAUCGCGCGACUGCUGCUCGAGCGCGGCGCGCAGAUCGUCCCGAACCCGGCAGGGUAUUGGCCGCAACACCUCGCAGCACGGGAGGGCCACGCAGGCGUGCUCAAGCUCCUCGUCGACGCGCUCAAGAGCGACGGCUUGUCGGUGCAGGACAAGUACUCGCAGGCGACGCCGCUGCAUCAUGCGGCGAGCGAGGGUCAUGCGGAGUCGGUGAAAAUCCUCCUUGCGGCGGGUGCGGACGUCCACGCGGUCGACGAGUUCAAGCGGACGCCGAUCCACUACGCCGCUUGGCAGGGUCACAUCGAGUGCGUCAACCUGCUCAUUGACCACGGCGCGACGAAGGCGUCCGCGGCGGCGACGGCUGAGCAGGAGGAGCGGGAGGGUGCUCGCGCGACGGCUUCGACGUCAACGAUGGACAUGGACCCUCUCGCCGACGAGCUCGAAGCCGACUUGAUCCCCUCGCUCUCCCUCCCUCCGCCCAUCAUCCCCUUCCGCAUCUACGGCCACAACUACCUCGGCGACGCCAAGUGCCUCGUCCACAUCACACUCGGCCACCCCAACACCACUCUCGCUCCUUACCCUCCGCCUGUCCGACUCAUCGACCAACCCGGACACGGCCAUCCCGCCUCGCUCAAGCUCGUCAUCACGCCCAAACCCGAUUCUUCCGGCACCUCGAUCCCUCACUCCGUCAUCCUCCCGCUCUCAGACGACCGCGAGGUCUUCUCGUUCCAGGUCGACACGCUCGCCGACUUUUCGCUCGAGUUCGACCUCUUCCCGACUUUCGGCUCGAAGAUGAUCGGCAAGGCCGUUGCGGUCCCUGCGACCUUUGACGACCUGAAGAGCCAGGGCUCGUACGUCGUCCCGAUUGUCGACCCGCAUCUCAAGGUCGUCGGCGACAUUCCGUUCGAAAUGAACGUCGUAAAGCCUUUCGGCCGCGCGCAGCUGCAGAUCGGCGGGCAGUUCGAGGUCUACUGGAAGACGACGACCUCGCUGCAGACUGUUCCUGUGCCCGGCGACGCGGGUCAGAACACGUCGUCAGUCGUCACUGCGUCGUCGCUGUCGGGCGAGCACGUCCGCAUCGUCGUCCAAGUCACCAAGGACGGCCACCCCGUCGCUUACCCGCUGUGGAAGCUGCCAGUCGACGGGCUGGACAUUCACGUCGCGGAUGUCACGCUCGAGCAGUUUGAGGCGCUCGCGCGGAGACUCGGCAAAACGCUCGACCCGGCAAAGGUCAAGAACCAGGAGGACCCGUCGGCUUGGCAUCGGGCUAUUGCGGACGCACUGAUACCGCUCGAGGAGCUGCUGACGGUCCUGCCCGCCUCACUCGGCGUCAACCUCGAGCUGCGGUAUCCGACCCGAUCAGAUGUCCGCCGACUCGCCCUCGCACGCACGCUCGAGGUCAACGAGUUCGUCGACUCGGUCCUCACGACCGUGUACAAGUCGAUUCAGACCAGCCCAUCCUCUUCCGAACCCGAAUCUUCGACUGCUCACCGCCGAGUCGUCCUCUCGUCCUUCAACCCCGUCGUCUGCACCGCACUCAACUGGAAGCAGCCGAACUUCUCCGUCUUCUUCGCCUCGUACUGCGGCCUCUCUCGGACAGGCAACGCGGGCGGCGGCGUUGCAGGCGACAUCACCCAGCCCGGCCGACUCGUGCCGGCGAACCGCGUCGAGGAGGACAGGCGGUGUACAAGCAUUCGCGAGGCGGUCAAGUUCGCGCGGGCGAACAACUUGCUCGGCAUCAUGCUCGACGCGACGAUGCUGGUCCAAAUACCCAGUCUCAUCCAGUCUGCGCGCGAACACGGUCUACUCAUCACGACCUUCGGUACCGCAAGUCGCGUUGUCCACGCCGACGCCCACAUGGCCGAUGGAGUCCUCUCGUACGCGACGAGCGACUUCCUCAAGCAGACUAUGGCGAACUGA